CACAACAAUCUUCACAGGAGUGCAAAUCGUAAGUAAUAAAUAAUCAAGAAAUAAUUGGUUGCUACAGGAUUAAGCCUGAGCCAACUAUGUGAUCAGGACAAGCCAUCUGUAAAUUGGUACCAAUACUUGUAUACAUCAACUAAGGAGAAAGCAAUGAAUAUGGAUCAAAAGGUGCAUUUUGAGAUACAAGUGGAAGCUAAAAGGGUUGUUCAUGCUGUUGAUGUUCUCCUAAAUGAAAGUGGUAUGUCUGAUGAACAUGUCAAUGACACAGAGUCCAAAACAAAGACAUGUCCAAUUUAUGUUAAGAACUUUGUAAAGGAAAUAGAUGAAGAUGACUUUUUUGGCAAAUGUGGAGCAUCUACAAAAAUUAUCAACAAUGAUUGUGGACAGCAAACAGAAUUUGGCUUACUUCCCUUUAAUAAACAAAAGGAUGCUAUAAGAGCUGUAGAUAAAAUGAAAGGCAUGGACAUUUAUUUGGCUCAAGCAAAAAUAAAAGAGAAAAGACAAACUGAGUUUAGUAAAAAGCCUGAACCUUUACAUAAACCCCGAUACAAUAGUGUUAACCUUUAUGUUAAAAACCUCAGUUAUGAAAUUGAUGAUUAUAGACUGAAUAAGGAAUUUGCACCUUUUGGUAUAAUUACCAGUGCUAAGGUAAUGAGGGAAGGCGGGCGCAGCAAAGGUUUUGGAUUUGUAUGCUUCUCAACCCCUGCAGAGGCUAGAAAAGCACUUUCUGGAAUGAAUGGCAAAAUAUUGGCCUCAAAACCCCUGUAUGUUGCUUGGGCACAGCGAAAACAAGAACGUCAGGUUUCUUUGGCUCAGCAGUACACGCAGAGGAUGGAAAAGGCUUGGAUACCCAACACUAAAGUCAACCCUAACCAAGCUCUGUUAUCAAGAUGUUCUAUGGCCCCUAUCCCAGCAGCUCAGAACCAUUCAGAAGACUCUCUAUGCAGAAUCCCCAAGCAAACUGCUCAAUUUAAGCAGAGGUGCUACAGGAAUGCACAAGGAACUGCACCUCAUUCAUUUCAGUACAUGCCAAGAGCCCACCCCCAAAUUUCUACAAGAAAAUACAAAUUAAUUCCAACGAAAACAGCAGUUAAUCUGGUGCGAGGCAUAAUGUCAGCUACUUCCAGAAAUAAAUAUGCAGCUGGAGAUUGUAAUACUGAGCUACAUUCUGAGAAACAGACACAAGCAGCUAUGCAGCACCCUGCUAUCUGUGUUCAAGGACAGGAGCCCCUAACUAUUUCCUUGUUGGUUUCUGCUUCUCCACAUGAACAAAAACAAAUGCUAGGUGUGCGUCUUUUCCCACUUGUACAAAUUAUAGAUAAAAAGCUAGCUGAGAAAAUUACUGGAAUUCUGCUGGAGUUUGAUACCUCUGAAAUUAUCUACAUGCUCGAAUCUCCAGAGCUACUGCGUACAAUGGCGAAUAAAGCUGUCACUUUACUGCAAGGCCAUCAGGUACAAGAAGUUUCUAUGAAUAGUUUUAAUGGCACAACAAAUAAUUAACAUGCACACAGGCAAAACUUUAAAAAUUACAUUUUUUUUAGCAAACAGAGCAAACCUUGAACCAAAUAAAAAUUAAAUUCUUUAUUUA